ACCCUUCCACGCACACCCACAUGAAGUCACAUCAGUCAUCACAGCUGGGCAGGGAUAAACGUAGCUUCUAUACCGCGAAGAGAUAUUCAGAUAUUUGUGGUGAGUUACCUUGGGUUAUGAUAUUACACAGUUUUGAUGCUAACAAAUUGUAUUAUUUUAUAUAUUAAAAAAAAAAAUUUAACAAUUUUCCCCAAUAGAUGAAAUAAGACAUGGUCGGAUGAAUACGACGAACAGUUAAGUUCUAUAACAUCUUUAAUAUCUUUUUUCUUGUUUGUUCAUAUUUUGUCCUGUAGCAGGCUGUAAAACCUAUACGUGAGAGCGUGACAUAGCUGUAAUAUCAUUAUUUUUUACAAGCUUCAAGGGUCUAUCUAAAAAGGAGAUAUUAUAAGCCCAUAACGUAUGCAUAUAACAAAAAAAAAGGCAAUCUUGCAGGUCCCUGAUCAGGCUUUAACAACUCAAAAUGUAAGGCAGUCUGUAAAAAAAACUUGCGGGCCGAAAGGAAAGGGGGAAAGCAGUUAAGAAAAUAACAUUAAUAAAGAAUAUUUCGUUACUUCGCGGGCCACAAAUAAAUUGAUGGCGGGCCGCAUGCGGACCGCGGGCUGUACGAUGAGCAGCCUGGUCUUGAUUAUCCCAUGCUACAAAGAAAUUUAAAAAACAAAACAUGAAAAGUAACAUGUAGACUAGCAGUAACAUAAAUAAUGAUUUACAAAACAAACAAAAAAUAGAAAUAACACUUUAAAAAAAAAAAGUAUGAUUAUGCUUUGUGGUAUCGUUUAAAAUUAUUUUACAGUAAAAAAAAUGUAGGUUGUGUAGAAAAAUUCUUUAAUGGCGAAUUUCAUAAGAAAUUGUCCAACACGAUAGCUGAUGUUUCAGCUAGGGCCCCAUGUAACCCAUUGACAUUAAUAUAUAGCGUUCCUUGGCUGGCGCCUCAUGCAACAUUCAUCAUUCAAGGACAGAAUCAUUGAUCGAAGAAUUGCAAGUUGAGAAUUGAAAAUUGAAUGGUUACUGAAUUGGAGACCUUUCAAUAUCACUAACGCAAUCAUAGCUAACUAUUGUAUGUGAGUGUGUGUGCAACUUUUACUUAGAUCCUAUUGCAUGACUGACUGUUGCAUUCCUUUUUAACAUUUUUGCCUCAAAAGUGGGCCUAGUUGCAGUGCAGUUAUUAAGGAACAGUCACAACAAUUUCAGAAGAUGUUGGUUUUGUAGCCUUCAGUUUCCUGGCUUUUUAGUGCAUAUGGUGAGAGAGUUACGUUGCCAGAAAUCCUCGAAGAGUCUCGACUAGAGAAAACAGAGUGUUGGAAACACGGUUAAUGCGCCUUCAACGAUAGAAUGCAACAUUUUUGGCUUAAAAUAUUAAUAAUCAUAAAACAGAUUUUAAAAAAAAAUAUAUAUAUAUUCUUGUUCACUUAAACUAUGUUCUAAUACGGUCUGUGUAAAUGAUAAGUCAUUAAAAAUACCCAUGCAUUGAUUCUUGCGCAAGUGGUUAAUCCAUAUAAAUGUAAAAACAAUUUCUAAGUGGAAAUAAAUUUUAAAAUUCUUUUUACUAACUUUCUAAUAAUUUUACUAACGCUACUCCACCAUUUUUAUACAAUGUUUAAAAACAAUUUUAAAAAAAAAUGAUGGAACUGAAGUGUUAAAUGGUAUGUAAUGAUAAAGUAAAGGUCAUUCUUUUUUAAGUGCGUAUUUCUUUUUAAAGAGCAUUUACCUAAUUAAAUCUGUUGAUCACAACGAAUGCAUCUAAAGAUUACUUGAGCAUACAGGUAGUUCACGUAGACAACUAAUAUUUUUAAGGGCAGCCGCAAUAAAUUUCAUAAAAUUUCAUAUGCCAGAUCAUGGAGGCAGCGACGUACCUUAUCAGAAUCAGAAUCUUAACAAAUGCACACUACAAUUUGUCCUAAAGAAAACAUUCUUGAUAAGCCCACAUACCGGGUUCAAAUUAAUUCAAAGCAUUUAAAAAAUAUUUUAAAAAACGUUUAAAUGCUAUAUGGUUAAAUUACAAAAUAAAAUUUUAACUGACACAACUUUGUAUUCACCUAUGCAAUAUAUAUUACUAGACGACCCGCGGCGUAGCAUACGUAGCAGAAUUGCUCCUAGACGAGUGAAUGCUUCGUUAAAAACACAAUUGUCCAAACUAUAUACAUAUUCUCAUUUCCCAACCACUUAUAAACCGAAUAAUUUUUACCAAUAUGGAAAUUGAGACGAUUUCAUUUUCGAAAAGAAAAUAUUACGCACCAAAUGCAGUUGCGUUAUUUAAAAAAAAAAACAUUUCAUAUAGAGAGUAGUUAUCGGGAGUUAUAUUUUGCGUGCUAGUGAACUCAUUAUUGAACCACACUCUGGCGUAUCUAUAAAUAGCCUGCGUGGUGUUUGAACCGUGUUGGUGUUUGACCUUUGCUGGCGAAUUAUAUAUAUAGAUGGAUGUACAUAUUAUAUAAUUUCCAUGCAUACACUAUCGAAAGCUAAGAGUGACUGUGUUCUUGUUUGCAUGAAUGUUGGUUAGUGCUAUUUAUAGCAAGAUUUAAAAAAAAAAAAAUAAAGAAUGGGAUCGCAAUCAGAUUUGUCAUUGUCCUUUCUACUGCCCCGUACGUAGUUCCGGUAAAGUUUGGUCGCAUCCCUUUAUUGCAAAGGCUGUAAUAAAGAAAUCGCAAAAAGAAUUGCAUUUCUGACAUAAGAUAAUAAAACUUAAGUUUGACAGGGAAAAGUGGGGCAAGAAACUAAAAAAAAGAAAAAAAAAAAGGAUCAAUGAAAAGUUUUAUAGUAUUCACCCUUUGCGUGCUAAGCUGAGCAAGGCUUCGACUUAAGGUGUAGCCUUGACCUGAGCUGUAUUUUGUUUAAAGUGAGGAGGGAGCGGUGCCGAAUGCGUCAGCCUCACUAUGGCUUCCUUGUCCACUUGCUCUCAUAGCAAGACUAAGUCACGACGAAUGGAAAGAGACCAGGAGGCAGUAGAUGGCCGGCUGUUUUUUUUUUUUUUUUUUUUUUUUUUUUUUUUGUGCUUUGGUUUCGUUUUUUUUUUUAGUUUUUGGUUUUUUGUGGGGGUUGAUUAAUUUUUUUUUUUUUUUUUUUUUUUUUCUCGUUGUGCUCUGGUGUCGUAUUUUUUUUAACGUCUUGGCUUUUGCUGGGGAAUGAUCAAUCUUUUUUUUUUUUAGAUUGCAUCUGGUACUCGGCGACUCAGCACGAAUUAAACACACACAAAAGUUAUAUGUAAAUGAUGAAUUCUAAUAAGUCGUAUGUCUUAUAUAUAAAAAUCGCACUUUCUUUAGAUUUUUAAACUUGUAUCCAAGUACGUUUCUGUUAUAAUAUAAUUUAAUAUAUAAUGGUGAAAAUGUAUGUAUGUCUCUGUUUGUAACAAUUACUUUUAAAAAAAAAUAUCUUAAUUAAAGGAUUCACAAUUAAUUAAUAUCAAACAACCUCACAUUUUUUUCAGACAAAAAAAAAUCCAGAAAAAUCAAACCCAGACUUUAACUGGAUGAUUGAUGACUGUACCGUGGAAAGUAGACCUACUCGUGCAGAAUGAGACCAUCGACGUGUAGUUUGAGCGUUUUUAUGUUAUUUUGUAUUUGCUGGAUGUCCGUCGCACAAGGCAACAGUGACACGCCCCAAUGCGAGCUCACCAUCCACAACAACAAGACACUUUUUAAAAGACUCCUUAAUUAUUAUGAUCCAGAUGGCCAAACCAUUAUUGUAGAGCACACUCUCAGGUUUGAGAACGCCAGCGUCAAUUUCAACGAGUCACGGAUGUGGAAUGCUGAUGCUUUUCAGCCUUACGUGUAAGUCUUUUUGUAGGAUAACAUCGGUACUCAUUCUGAUUAAUCAGAUUAUUGUCACGUUUAAUUUGAAUACCUUGUAUCUUAAAUAAAAUUUGAAUAAAUUACAUGUCAAACAGUCAUCACAAUUGAAGCUUGACAGCAUUUUAAAUCCUGACAGGUUUAUCAGGCUCGAGCAGUCCAGCUUUACAACAUGGCAGCGACAUCUGCUACAAAAAUUAAGAAUUUUCCAAUAAAAAUAUGUUUAAGCAGUCGUUAAUAUCAAUUUUUACAGAAUUUACCAUACCAUUGUUUAUGCUGCAGGUGGUACAGUACUCAGGGUAUUGGAAGUCCCCGACUUUUGCUGACCUACGAUUUCAUGUUCGGACUUAUGGAAUACAUUCUAUCUUUUUGCAUCGCGAAAGAGGUCCUUAAUUUGAACGUCAACCCGCCUGAUUGUUUGGAAAAAUUUGAAAAUAAAUCUUUGGAAGACUUCUUGAGGAAAUUUAUGUUAAAAGGUCAUAAACUGUGUCUUUGGAUGAUUAUUUAUGAGUUCAACCAAAACUUUUGAGUUUUUUUUUUUUUUUUUUUUUUUUUUUUUUUUUUUUUUUUUUUUGCAUGAUUGAACUCAAGAAACCAUCAAAUUCUUUUCUGCAUUUAAUCUUUUGGUUCAAAAUAAUUUCUAUUCCUAAAGUUUCGCAUUUGGAAGCACUUGAAGAUCCUUGUUAUUUAAAGUAAAGCAUCAUCUCUAAAUCUAUUUUGUUAAAAACCAAUAUAUAUAUAUUAGAUUAAACCCGAUGGUCCUAGUCGACUCCGACGGACAAACAACAACAUAUAAAUAUUAUGUAUGUAUCUGUAAAUCUAAGGGCAAUGUUUGAGUGAGUAUCACAUCAUGUAUUCUUUAAAAAAAAGACUAUGGAUAAAAAAGCGAUAUUACAACUUUCAAAACGCAAUAAAUAUGAACUAAUUCCAAGCUAUUGUCUUUUUAGUGAAUUAAAAUGAAUGGGGCUUGACCUUACUUCUUUAGGUCCCCGUUUACAACCAGGUCCGAUUAAACUCUGGGCUGUUGAUAUAUAUUUAUAUUUUUGUGGUUAAUUUGUUUUCAAAAAAGGGGGGAAGGAUCCUAAAUGAUUUCGGAUUCAAAGCAGAAAAUUGGAUCCCUUUGGGAUCGAAUUUUAUAAAUGUGUUUUUAGAGGAGAAAAUUUAAAAAUUUGAUUAUUACAUUUUCUUAGCGAUAUUCUUUUUUUACAGGACCCACAAUUUCGAUAUUAGGUAAUAGGUUUUGGGGUAUUUUUUUUUCUAAAGCGAUGCAGAGAAACGCCGGGUAUAUACGAUGCAUUUGUGUGUCUGGGUUGGUGGUUUUAAAAUAAAUUAUGAAAUCAUUUUUAAAAUGUACGCUCUUAGAAUGGAGAGCUGUAUAAAUGGAAUGAUAAAAACCCCAAUUUUUUUUUUUUAAUUGUGUCGCUCAAUUUAUAGUCUUCUAAUAGUACAUUAAAUAUAAUUCUUAAAAUCAAAUUUAAAAAAAAACUAAUAUCUGUAGACAUACUAUUUGUGUGUGUGCUAAAUGGCUCGAAAUUGUUUUUCAUUUAUCUUUUAAAAAGUAUCAUUUAAAUUUAGCUUAACUCUACUGAUCCCCAAAAUGAGACUAUGGAGACUUUUUGCUUUUAAUUUCUAGAUGCUUAACGCUUUUUUUCUAAAGUUUAAAAAUAAAACCUGCUAAACCUAUGCUUGCCUGAUGUAAAGGUAUGGUAUGAGAAGAAAAUAAUUGACUUCUAUUUCAGAAUUAAAUGUUGGUGACCGACGUGUGAAAGACCUAUACAUGUGCACGGCGCACUUUGAUGUAGACAAAACCUACCCGAGGCUUAUAUACCGGUACUGUAUAUUGUAUUUCAGAUUUUAUUAUUUUAAAAAAAAAUGUAAUUAGAAAGACAUAUUGUAGCAUAAACAAAUUAUUUUUGGUUGGUACCAAGUUAGGCUAAAAGAAAUUCGCAUCAAAGUUUUGCUCGGCUGUACAACAGUAUUGAAAUAUAUAUAUAUAUAUAUAUAUUAAAAAUUGGAAAAGUGGAGAGUGGAGAGUGUCAUCUUUAAAACUUUAAAAAAGAAAGGUGAUCUAAGAGAUUGUAUGAGCAGAGGCAUUAUGAUGCUAUCGGUACCAGUAAACGUGAAAAGAGUAAUACGGGAUAUAAUUUUAUUUUAAAAUUGGUGGCCAACCAAUGUAGACGACAAUGUAGGCCUUAGGCCUUAGACAAAAUAAAUUAAAUAGGCACUACUCGAAUUAUAAACAAGCAUUUGGAUGAAUGGAAUUAUAUUCUCUUCAUUUAUUUUAUAAAUUUAGGCACACAAAUAACAGUUCGAUUGAAUUCACUUUAGCUUUGACACAAAAAAGAUAAUGAGGACGGGGAAGUUUGGAAAAAAAAAACUAGCCAAGAGAGGUGGAAGAGGGCGUAAAAGAAAGAAAAAAGAAUUGAAAUGAGUUAGAAAGUGUUAGAGAGGACAGGUAGAGCCCGAAAAGGCGCGGAAAAGAUAUUGGUGAUGAUUUCCGCUGCAGGUGAAGGUGACACGGCAAGAAAUAAGAAUAUUUGACAUUCGGAAUCAUCAUGUUUUCUAAUUAUAAACAAUGAUACACUAUAGAAAUUUAGAAAACAUUUGACGUAAAGUUUGAUUUUAAAAAAAUGGUGUGAUAACUUACUGUACACACUUUGUCUAGCUACAGAACGUGCAUUUGAGCACUGGUAAUUCACCCAAAUAGCUCAAGUAGAAGAUUUAAAUUGUAAUUUUUUAAUGGAUUCGUUAAUUGUCCAUUUCUUUGGUAUACAAUGUUUUUGCUGAUCAUCAGUUAUUUCCUUUAUCUGCAGAUGCUGUUUGCUGGACCACUUUGGUGACUACAGUUGCAUUGACGUUGAAGAAGAUGUCAUGGUGGAGAGGCUCAACUAUUGUAUCAUCAUAAUAACAUUUUUUUUACUUUUGACCCUGCCUGUUGUAUUUCCUGAUGACUACAGGUUAUUUUCUUUCCUAGUCACUUUCAGUAAAAUUAAAAAUUCAACUUUAGGCUCUUAACAAAAUAAUAUUUUAAAUGUUUGAGUUAUCCAAUGAGACUGAUACAUGAGACAACUCUCACAAACUAUUCAUUCUUUCCAAUGAAAAGGUAAUACAAAUUUGUUUCUAUGUAUAAGUAUCAGUAAUUUAGAGAGGUUAACGCAAGAGGGUGGCCAAAGUUAAGGCAUCGAACUGUGAAUUUGGAAAUGAGGAUUUGUAUGUGUGUGUGUGUAAAGGGGGGGGGGGGGGGGAACACACUUUUCAAUUUUAAAAAUAGGUGUUACUUUUAUCAAAAUAACUUGCCUCAAAUUAAGUAAGCUAAAACUGUUUUUUGGAUUAGUAAUUUAGAGAGGUUAACGCAAGAGGGUGGCCAAAGUUAAGGCAUCGAACUGUGAAUUUGGAAAUGAGGAUUUGUAUGUGUGUGUGUGUAAAGGGGGGGGGGGAGGAACACACUUUUCAAUUUUAAAAAUAGGUGUUACUUUUAUCAAAAUAACUUGCCUCAAAUUAAGUAAGCUAAAACUGUUUUUUGGAUAUAUUGAGACGCGCAAAUAUUUCGAGUCAUACUUGUCCUAAUCAGUCUACGGUACGAGCAUUGACUCAGCAACAUGAAGGUCGUUAUCGUUCGAAUAUAUUAAAUCAUGUUAGUUGGAAUUAACUACAGAUUCUGCAAACACAAUCUAUCAGUGGAUCGGUCACUUAUUUCACUGUAAGCUUUUGGUGACAGUCGGAUUCUAAUUAAAUGAACACGAAGUUAAUAAAAAAUCAUGCAUAUAAAUAUAUAGAGAUAUAUUUAUAUGUGUGUGUUUACAUAAUUUUUUAAAAUUUUAUAAGUACUAACAUUUUUGUGUGUACGUUUAUUUUAAGACGUAUAGCUUGUGAUUGUCUGUGUGUGUGCGUGCGUAUGUGUGUGUGUGCGUACGCCCGCGCCCAUCAAUGAGUAGGCAACAAGGGCUACAAUCCGCUUUGUAAGUAGUUUCGAUAAGCUCGCUAGCCGCAAAAAACAGCUUAAAAGGUAUCGGUGAAGGGUGUAAGGUGGUAAGGCAUUAUAGUUACAGAGUGCUAGGAUUUUGAGUUAGAGAGUAGGGCAUGAUAUCAUGAAAAGUUUGGGGCACGAAUGAAGGGUAUUCGGGUUUGAAGGUUUAAUAUUUCUGAUGUCAGUUGCUUAUUAAAGAAUUAAGGGUUUUGUAAAUAUGAAAGUGGGGAACGAAUAAAGUGGUAGGAUGAAAAGGACAUAGUCCUAUUUGAUUGGUGAGCACAACUGGAAAUGUGAUAAAAAGUAAUUGUUUUUUUUUUAUUUUAAAAUUAUGUUAGUCUUAAAUUCUCCAAUUUAAAUUAUCGAAUAAAGGGUUGAAUGAUGUGACUUCCACUCAUUUAUAAAUAACUUCAUAAAAACACGUUUUUUAAAGAAUGAACCUUUUAUUAACUGUUACUGCAUUUUUUUUUCUCGCCAGAUUGGAGCUAUACGAAUUCACACUACCCAAUGAGUUGGAUGCUAUAAUCAGCAUGUCACCAGAGUGAGUAUUGAGAUGUUAUGUUAAAGAAAUUAGAAAUUGUUUUAGAUUAAAAAUGAUUUCAUAAUUUAUUUUAAAACCACCAACCCAGACACACAAUCAGAAGAAUUUUUUUUUUAAAAUUAAGAAAUCUCACUACAAUUCAAAGUAAUUAAAAUGUUUGAAUAAGGCUUUAAAUACACAAGCAAAUAUAUUGCAAGAUAAUCAAUACAUAUUAUACUUAUACAUACAUUUGAACCCACUAAAUUAAAUUUGUAUGUAUGUAUUAUGAAACUGUUUAUUAUGUAUUCGCUACAGCUCCGUCACAAUGAAAAUAAAGGACGAAACACUAACAGUUCCUUUUUCCUGUUUGAAAAAAAUGCAUAAUUUCAAAAAGAUCCAAGCAAUGGGCACGAACGGUUGUCGACUGGUGAAGUUGUUGGUUGAGAUUCCUUUAAGCAAAAUAUUUUGGUGUAACAAGAAUGAGCUCGGUUUUUUCACUAUUCUUUGUCAGAUGAUGUCUGAAUGUUUCACACAUUGCAAGGUACGUUGGGUUUCCGAACAGAACAUUUAAAGAUUUUUAUUGCAUUGGUUUAAAAAAAAAAUCCGGCUUAAGUUACUAAACCUAAUUUGUUAUUACAUAACAAAAUGAAGGUUUUGAAAAAUUAAAAAUUUCGGCCUUUUUGUAGUCCGGAAACUCAUUUUAAUUUAAUAAAUUUUUAACUAUAAAACAUAGGAUAAAUGUCCACAGGGUUUAGAGUUCAUAUAGUUUUAAACCUCUUUAAAUCGGAAGAAUAUAAAAAAUAACGCCUUUUUCGGCCUUGAAUUCAAUAGUAACUUAAAAGGACUUGCUUGGACAGGGUCACAAAAUCGCAAUGUUAACACACACAAAAAUUUAAUUAAUUUUGUAGGCAUCAUUUUCUGGGUUGAUAAUUAUUCACCCCACCCCUCAAUUAACUUCCAGACCACAUAUCAUUUAAUAGCAUAAACUGCUUUAGUUUGCUAUUUUAAGACGAGUAAGCCUACAUGUUAGAAGUGUCGUCGGCCUGGUGUUUCUCCGAUCAUCAUUUUCAAAAUUCUGAAGAAAAAAAAAUCAUUUGACUUGGUCUGCCGGUGUUGAUGUAUCAGGCUAAUGUAGAGAGCCCACGCCUUUUCACUUCCACCAUGUCAUUCCACGAGGACAUGCACACCACACUGUGCUAAAAAUUUCCUCAACCGUUGCCCUACCAGAACUAGAAAAUUCCAAGUCAGGAGAGGAUCAGCACUGCGACCUAUAUCAUGCUUUAUUCGCCAAUCUAAUCUACAUGUCUCUCCAAGAUGUCUUCAAAGACUUCAACACUAAGUUCAACGUCAUUCAAGCUUAGCGGCAGCAUUCUCCAAGAAUGUAUUGUUUUACAAAUUUUAUCAUCCAUUCAUUUCUCUCACCCAACGAGUAUGCCUUAAGAUCACUUGAAGAAAAUGAACCUGCGAGGAUUAUUUUCCAUCAACCUUGAGAUUAAACGAGUGAGUGGUCAAACGUUAAACCUCCAGCUGAACUUUCAAAAACUGUACAUAUUCAAAUCUUUUAUGGUGAAUGUCCCAGUAUCAUCUACUUAAACCUUAAACAACCAGUGAGCAGGAACAACCUGAGAUAUAUUCUUUUCAAAAAGUUCCCAAUUUGUUGUUACUUUAAAGUGUCAACACGUACACAGAGAUAUCUACUCUCGUUGGCUCGACCACAUGCAUGGAACGGAACUAGCCCAUAGGUCAACUGUCACAAGAUAACACGGCUCAUUGAAUGGAAACGUCUUCACAACAUUUUCAAGAGUGAUACAUUCCAAAUGUUGUGUUGACGCAGAUGCUGGUUGGAGCAUAUCUGGGACUUUCUCAAACAGUAGGUAUGGGAAACGAUAUAUUUGUUAAAAAGAAAAGCCAGCAGGAUGGCUAUCACACAACAAACUCUGACGUCCAUCCGUGGAAGUUAUAGCAAUAGCUAACACCCGAGGAUCAAAUUCUCAAUUCACUCGCAUAGGUGACGACAUGAGGCUAUGGUUUGGUCACAAGGAAGCAGUUUUGCGAGUUUCAGGCGUGAAAUACAAUUGCCUCGUGCAUUUUACCAGACAUCAUUUUUUGUUUUAAAAAAAAAAGCUCUUUAUUUCUUUUCUUUAUUUAAACUGUGGAAUUCUAGCUAUUUCUUCUCGUUACCUCAGGAUUCCAGGUUAAAAGUUAUUCAUUUCAACCAAACAAAUAGGUUUCAAACUGUUAUUUCAACGAAUAGGUUUUUACAAGCACUCUUUAAAAAAUAUUUCCUUACAAGUUAAAUUUAGGAAGUCAGCAGCAACUCGUACAAUUAUUGUUCGACGCUGUUUGUUUGUUGUUGUUUUUUUUUUUGCUAAGGAAGGGUAUACAGAAAAGCUUUUCGCUGUAAGCAUAUUUUUUGUAUACAACUAAAUUUUGAUAAUUCAGAAUUAUGAAGGUAAUUUUAGAAAAUAAAAUAAGUUUUAAAAAUAUUUAUGCUUAUAUAAAUUUUACAAUUUUAUAGCUUGGAAAUUUCGCUAACAUGGAAGCAUAAUUAAUUGUUUGUUCUAUUCCGCCCCCAAACUUCACGCAUCCAGGGAGAAAAAAGUCACGUUGGUGAUGACGUUAGACGCUCUUGCAGUCAAACUCCCCAGAGUUCAGUCAAUCAUGGAAACGGCAGCCAGAGGCAGAACUGCACUACAAAAAUGGGGCUUAGUUGGCAAACAAUUUUGAAAUACUUGUUUAUUAAAAUGUAUGUUGCCGUUUUAAGCGCCCCAAUUUUAAUUUCCUUAUUUACUGAUGACACUAGGAGUCUGGAAGUAAAAAGAGAAUUUAGAAAGAGAGUACCGGAUAGUCAGUAUGAUGAAAGCUUUGAUGCAG